CUUUCACCCUUGAUUUUUAAAACUACGCUAACGUUAAAGCAUCCUGACGUGCGUCGAGUACUUUAAGUACUUUAUUGUGAAGUUGUGGUGGUGAAAGGGUUAAAUUUAAAUUAGUCUGCCGAGCCUCUCUGUAUCGACAUAGUGUUAAGUCCAGCCCAUUAAAGCACCAGCCAAUGUAAUCGUGGCGCUGACUUUUUGGUGUGUGUGAGCUAGCGCUGCUAGUAGCCACAUUUUGCAGCCUUUCAUCAUCAGUCGUCCACCAGCUGGAGCUUUCACUCUGCUCCUCGGCUCAUCCCCUGUGUGUGUAGCUCCAAAACAUGGCGGCCCUCAAAGCUUUGUGCAGAGCGGAGAAUUUAUUCGUCAAAACCCUCUCAGGUCGCUGCAGAAACAAAUUAAGCACCGCUAAUCUCCAAUUGAGCAAGGCUUGCGGCUGUUACUUUUCUACCUCCAGCCAGAGAAGUUCACAGUUCUACUCAGAUCCUACAGACGCUGUCAAAGAUAUCCCCAGUGGAGCUACCAUUCUUGUGGGAGGCUUUGGAUUAUGUGGUAUCCCAGAGAAUCUUAUCAACUGUUUACUGAAGACUGGCGUUAAUGGUCUCACUGCAGUCAGCAACAAUGCAGGAGUGGAUAACUUUGGGCUGGGCCUGCUGCUAAAGACAAAGCAGAUCAAAAGGAUGAUCUCCUCAUACGUCGGGGAGAAUGCAGAGUUUGAGCGACAGUAUCUGACAGGGGAGCUAGAGGUGGAACUGACGCCACAGGGAACUCUUGCAGAGAGGAUCAGGGCUGGUGGUGCAGGAGUUCCAGCCUUCUUCACAGCCACCGGCUAUGGCACACUGAUCCAAGAGGGAGGCUCUCCUAUUAAAUACAACAAAGACGGUAGCAUUGCCAUCGCCAGCGACAAGAGAGAGGUGCGGGAGUUCAAUGGCAGACACUACAUCAUGGAAAAGGCCAUUACUGGAGACUUUGCACUGGUAAAGGCAUGGAAAGCUGACAAGGCUGGAAACAUUAUUUUCAGGAAAACUGCCAGGAACUUCAACCAACCUAUGUGCAAGGCAGCCAAAACCACCAUUGUAGAGGUGGAGGAGGUGGUGGAUAUUGGGACAUUUGCUGAAGAGGACAUCCACAUACCGAGCAUCUACGUCCACAGGGUUGUCCAAGGUGGCAGCUAUGAGAAAAGGAUUGAGAAACGCACAGUGAAGAAAAGCCAAGUAGAGAAACCCAAACCAAAGAAGGACUCGGAUAUUGUUCGGGAAAGGAUCAUCCGACGUGCUGCUCUGGAGUUUGAGGAUGGGAUGUAUGCCAACCUUGGUAUUGGUAUUCCCAUGCUGGCAAGCAACUUCAUAAAACCAGACAUUACUGUGCACCUCCAAAGUGAAAAUGGAAUUUUGGGACUGGGCCCGUACCCGCCUGAGGAUGAAGUGGAUGCAGACCUCAUUAACGCUGGGAAGGAGACUGUCACUGUGCUCCCAGGGGCUGCCUAUUUCUCCAGUGAUGAGUCAUUUGCCAUGAUUCGAGGGGGUCACAUCAACCUGACAAUGCUUGGAGCCAUGCAGGUGUCAAAACAUGGAGACCUUGCCAACUGGAUGAUCCCAGGUAAAAUGGUGAAAGGAAUGGGAGGAGCCAUGGAUUUGGUAGCUAGCGCAGGAACCAAGGUGGUGGUCACAAUGGAGCACUCCGCUAAGGGGGGGAAACACAAGAUAUUGGACACAUGCAACCUGCCUUUAACAGGGAAGCAGUGUGUGGACCGCAUCAUCACAGAAAAGGCUGUGUUUGAUGUGGAUAAGACAAAAGGCCUGACUCUGAUAGAAGUAUGGGAGGGGCUCACUCCUGAGGAUAUCAAAGCAUGCACUGGCACAGAUUUCGAGGUGUCUCCUAACCUGACGUCCAUGCAGCAAGUCUAAGAGGAACCUUCAAUGGAUCUGACAGUGUUUUUGGUUUGUGUGACACUUUUCACAUUUCUCUGAAGUAAAUAACUGGUGAUUAAGCAGCUUAAGACAGCUCAAAUACACUGAGAAAAUACAGGUGCUUGGUUCACUUACUGGUAAUCAGCAUGCAAAUGUCAACUAAUACUGCCUGAAUGGGAAUUAAGGGAGCCACAGGUUCUUUUUUGUGUGUCAUCUGACAAACGGUUAAGGAACAUGACAUUGUUGCCUUUUACACCAUUUAAGUUAUUAAUUUUUUCUAACAUUUGUGCAGCUAUAACCAAAUAAUCCAUCCAAAAACAAUGAAAACAAUGUUAGAAACGGUGAAUAAUCUUUAUUUACUUUACUAGAACUAUGAAUAUAAAUCAUUCAAUUACUUGACAUGUAUUUACCGUAAAUCAACAAUUUUCAUUAACAGUAUAUAUAUAGCUGAAAUGUGAUGAAUUGAGAAAAAAUGUGUUCUGUAGGUCAGGUGAUACUUUUUUCAGCCAAGAAGGGAAUAUGUUUUACUGUUUUUGUUUAAACUUGACUCAAAAAAUGUCCUUGACCUCAAAUGUUUUUUUCUGUGUUUUUAAGUGAAGGAGCUUUAAUAAUAUCAGUCUGACUGACACAUGUUAGAAUAAUAAUUUGACACAACCUCUAUCACAAUGUCAAACUGUUCGAUUAACUGUCUUUUUUCCCUCUCAGUCUCCUAUAUUUCAAAGUUGGUUAACAUACCAUAUAUUUAAUCCAGAUAAUGUGAUGCUUCCACAAUUUUUGCUCAGGCAUUUCCUGUCUCAUGGCCUUUGUAUAUAAAAUAAAAUACAAUCGUGUGUGUGAGUGGAACAA